GUCCGGCGGCGGCGCCGUGGGCCGCGGCGCGGCGGGCGGGAGGAUGGGCACUCAGGGCAGCCCGGUGAAGAGCUACGACUACCUGCUCAAGUUCCUGCUGGUGGGCGACAGCGAUGUGGGCAAGGGCGAGAUCCUGGAGAGUCUGCAGGACGGUGCGGCCGAGUCCCCGUAUGCCUACAGCAACGGGACUCUGCACCUUCCUUGUACCGGUAGAAAACACUCUGGCAGCGAUGUGAUUCCUGUUAACUUCCGGGUGCUUGGCAAAACUACACAAGGGAUCGACUAUAAGACCACCACCAUCCUGCUAGAUGGCCGGCGUGUCAAGCUGGAGCUCUGGGACACAUCAGGCCAGGGCAGGUUCUGCACCAUCUUCAGGUCCUAUUCCAGGGGUGCACAGGGAAUCCUCCUGGUAUAUGACAUCACCAACCGCUGGUCUUUCGAUGGCAUUGACCGGUGGAUCAAGGAGAUUGACGAGCAUGCACCUGGGGUCCCCCGGAUCCUGGUUGGUAAUCGGCUUCACCUGGCCUUCAAGAGGCAAGUCCCAACGGAGCAGGCCCGGGCCUAUGCAGAGAAGAACUGCAUGACUUUCUUUGAAGUCAGCCCAUUGUGCAACUUCAAUGUCAUCGAGUCCUUCACUGAGCUCUCCCGCAUUGUGCUCAUGCGGCAUGGCAUGGAAAAGAUCUGGAGGCCUAAUCGAGUUUUCAGCCUGCAGGACCUCUGCUGUCGUGCCAUUGUCUCUUGCACUCCUGUGCACCUCAUUGACAAGCUUCCACUGCCUGUCACUAUCAAGAGCCACCUCAAGUCUUUCUCCAUGGCCAAUGGCAUGAAUGCUGUUAUGAUGCAUGGCCGCUCCUACUCCCUGGCCAGUGGGGCUGGGGGCAGCAGCAGCAAAGGCAACAGUCUCAAGAGAUCCAAGUCCAUCCGUCCCCCCCAGAGCCCUCCCCAGAACUGCUCUCGGAGCAACUGCAAGAUCUCCUAGCAGGACCUGUGGGUGCCACCUGUGCAGACUCUGGGGUCUCACGCCAAGGUAGUCCUGGCCAGGCGCUGGGCCCUGCUGAGUGAGGGAAGACUUGGUGCCACAGCCCUGCCUGUGAUACACCAGGCUUUUCUCCACAACUGAGAUAGAUGGAGGGGUGGGGCAUGCAGGGACGAAUGUGCUCCACAAACCAUGCAGCAGGGCUGCUGGUGCUACAGGGACCCUGGUCUGAACCAAUCCCGACUACAGGCUGGGAGGGAGCCAAGCUCCCCUUUAUUUAUAUGGAAAACAUUUCACCCAUUUUGUACAUUUUUAAAGGCCUGUCAGGGAAUCCUGGAAGUCUCUUCGUGGCCAUGUUGUCUGUCAUCGGGGGAGCUCAGGAUGUCAGGGAAGGAGGGCGGAGCAAUGAUGGACUGACUGGUUCAGCUUCAGCAUUGAAGCAAACACUUUGCCUGAGGGGUUGAUGCUGCUCAGAGGCUAGUGGGAAACAGAUGGAGCCAGGGUACCAUCUUAGCUUCAGCUUUUGUUUCUGACCAAGGUGGCCAGUAUGCUGGACACAGGCAAGGAUGUGGCUCCUGCAAACCCUCUUUGGAUGUUGUCUCUGGAUUUGAGCACUUCCUAGGAGAGGAGGGAAGUGGGUACACUUGAGACCCCUACCUUUGUCCCUCCCUACUGUGCACUGAAGCUUUUGGUGAUGUUUACUAUAUACAGCAUCUCCAGGUUGAAGGACCUGAAGUGCUUGAUGGCCCUCAGUGGCCUCUGGGCCUGUGGCCCAUGUUCAGCCUCUUCUCAGAAGCUUGUGUUCAUCAGCCUCGGCUGUGUUCACACAGCUGCUCCUUGUCUGUUGUGGCCCUUAUGUCCAUGAGAUCACAUCACUGGAGUCUCUUUGACCAGUUUCUCAGUGGCAGUGCCUGGAACAGCAGUGUCGACCCUGCUGUGGUUCAAAGGAAUGGACAAGUCCCUCCUUGGGGACCCACCAGCCGGAGCACCUUCUGAAGCCAUGGACUGAUCUUCCACAGUGUUCCUCCUACCCCUGCCUGUCCAAGGCAGCCCCCUCCAUGAGGAUGUCAUUCCCAGUGGAUGUUCUAGGGGACUGCUUCCCUGCCCUUGCCUGGUGACACAGCCUUUGGUCACACUGGUGCUCAACUCUACCUCCUGCCCUCGGGCCCCUGGCCACAGCAGGAGCCAUAACUUGUUACUUGGGACCUUCUUUGUGCACAGUUCCUGAGACCAUCUUGUUAUGGGUAUUACUGGAGCACUGGUGGAUCCAGUGCUGGCCUGCUGUUCUGGGAGAUGAGUCACGCCUAUGGGGACAGAGCUGUGGCUGUAAGAGCUGAUGAACAGCUCCUGAGCCCCUGGUUAUGAAGCUGGCUACAAUCUGCAUCACCAUCUUCCAACCCAACUGUCCUGUUGCUGUCAUUAGAGACCUUUUCUCUAGGAUCAGCAAUACAAUGUCAUGGACAUUGAGUACCUGGAUGGGCCUGUGUGCACGCCAUCAACACUACCCUUGCUACUGUGGACUCCACCAUUUCUGGGUUCUUUGUUCUUACUUCUUUGUACAGUAAAUGUACUUCAGCUGUGA